AUGACGGCUCCCCGUCGCGGGCCCGCCUUCGACCGCCACACGCCACGGCAUCGUCCCGCAUCCCAGCACCGCCGUAGGACAAGGCGUGGCCACCGCACCAGCGCAUCCUUGCCAUGGCACCACCUCACCCUCCUACUGCUCGUCGGCAUCCUCUGCCUCGUCCCCCGCCCGGCGCUGGCAUCCCAAGGAGACCGCUCACCAGAGUACAAAGAUUGCGUCGCCUCGUGCACAGCCGACCUGUGCCGCGACCACAUCGACGACGGCGUCCUAACGGCGCACCGCCUGCCCUGGAUCCUCCGCGUCACAAAGUGGACCUGCGAGGACGACUGCAAGUACCACUGCACCCACAUGGUCACAAACGACGCAGCAGCGCGCGUACAAAAGAUCCGCCUCGAUGCACAGCACGCAGCCGACGUCAUGGUCCAGGCAGGUACCCUCUCGGCCUCGUCGUCCUCGGCAAAGGCCCAAGAGAUGGUCGAGGAGCGCCUGGCACAGCUGCGGCCUGUACAGAAGCAGAUGGUCCAGUACCACGGCAAGUGGGUCUUUGUGCGCUUCCUCGGCGCCCAGGAGCCACUCAGCGUCAUCUUUAGCCUGCUCAACCUCCGCGUCCAGCUAAAGGCGCUCCUCAUGUUCCGCAAGCAGCUGCCCGACGCCUUCCCGCUCAAGCUCGUCUACAUCAUCCACACCCUCAUCAGCAUCAAUGCCUGGCUCUGGUCGGCCGUCUUCCACACCCGCGACAAGCACUUCACCGAAAAGAUGGACUACUUCAGCGCCGGCGCCGUCAUCCUCAGCGGCUUCUUUUUCAGCGUCUGCCGCCUCUUCCGCCUGUCGCCGGGCACCGCGGGCUUCCGCGUCCUGCAGCGCUCGUGCGUCGCCGCGCUCGCGCUCCACAUCCUCUACCUCUCCGUCGGCCGCUUCGACUACGCCUACAACAUGACCGCCAACGUCUGCGUCGGCCUCGCCCACAACGCCCUCUGGCUCAUCUACUCGUUGCGGCCCUCGACCUUCCCGAGCAACGUCAUCGCCGACCGUUCGGCCGCCUCGCGUGCGGCGUUGCGGGCGUCGAAGCCGCCAUCCGCGCUCGCGACGCCCAACGGCGGGUCGACACCGCCCGUCCCCGUUGUGACGAGCAUCGGACCGCCGUCGUCGUCGCUGCGCGCCCGCCGGCGGCUGCAGCUGCUGCUGGGCCUCAUGACGGCGGCGGCGCUGCUCGAGGUGCUCGACUUCCCGCCCAUCCUCCGAUUCCUCGACGCCCACUCGCUCUGGCACCUGGCCACGGUGCCCAUCAGCGAGAUGUGGUACCGCUGGCUGGCCGACGAUGCGCGCGAGUGCGUCAGCACGGGGUGGUGGCUCGGCGACGCGCUCCAGGCGCCCGACGUGGCCAAGCACGCCGCCACGGCGCUCGGGCAGGCCCGCGAGUGGGCCAGCGACCGGCUCAAGGGGCGCGCGGCGGUGCUGGCGCAGAACAUGGAGCUCAACGCGCUCACGGCCAAGCUCAACGACCUCGCCAACCGCGCGGGCUUUUCGGGCAGCGGCGUCGGCGGCGGCCUCGGCGGCGGGACGAGGGCGGAUACGGCCAGCUCGACGGGCAUCGAGCUGGGCACCGCGCCGACGGGCAUGACGGAACGCGAGAGGGAAAAGGCCAGGGAGCUCGGCGAGCGCGCCCGCGUCUAG